AAACAUCCCACAGAACCCGGCAACACGUUUUCAGUCUGUGCAGAGCUGUUUGCAGUGCAGUUCUUGUGUUUGUAGAAUUGAAUCGCAUAAUUGCAUUGCAAUGGAGAACAAACAGGAUAAGACUACGAUUUUUUUUAUCUUUCGAUUGAAGAAAAGGAAAAAUUAUUUGAUUCAUUCGACACUGUCCAGACGGACUGUGAUGGCGUAGUAUGGACACUUCAUGGAGGCAUUAUCGAAGUGCAGUUUGCCCUCCGUGCAUUGAGAAAUAGUGGCAAAAGGGUAUCAUAUGUUUGAAACAACAGCGUCCGCACGAUGAAAGACUAUCGUGCCAAGCUGGAGGGAUUAGCGGACCACGCGGUGACAGAUGACGACAUCACUUACCCGGCAAAAACUAUCGUUUGGUACUUGCGCGAGAUAAAGUUUGAUGCGCUUUGCUACAAUAUUGGUAGCGCCAAUUUCAAGGACUGUCUACGCCAAGCCGGCUUCCAAAUACUGGAUGGUCCGAAUGAACAGAUAACCGAAUCGGCAAAGGAUGUCAUUGCUGUUAUUAACGAUGGACAACCAGUUAAAGCGGUUAUAAUGGACUUCGAUUACAAUGUGAACAAUAUUAAGCUGCUGCGUGCGCAGAUGUAUUUGCAAAAGGUGUUCUGUUCAUCGCUGGGGUUACGGAUGAAUUGUUAUCAGUAG